AUACAAAUUUAAGUUCCGAAGAACCAUCUUAAGCCGCAAAACUCAAAACAAAACUUGAACGCUCAAUUCUAAAAACUUGUUGUAACCAAUUAACUUUUCUCUUUCUCUCUGAUGGCAUUGAUCUUCUCUUCCCUGUUCUCAUUCACCAACCAAUGGGGGAGCCAAGAUCAUCAUCAUCAUCACACACCUCAACAUCUCAAAAUUCUUCGACAACAUCCACAUCUCAAAAUUCUUCAACAUUACCAUCCCCACCACCACUUCCUCAGAAUAUCUCCCUCGUACAACCCUCUCACAAAAGAAGACACAAAACGAAAGUAGUUCGUGUCUUUCGUUCUGUAUUUCGAUCUUUACCUAUCAUAACCCCUGUAUGUAAAUUCCCAUCAUUCCCAAAUGGAACACCUGACAGUCAAUACCACAUAAACAUCGGUGGUAGCACCGGAACAAAAAUCUCCGGUACAUUAUUUGGACACCGGAAAGGACGCGUUAGUUUCUCCAUUCAAGAGAAUCCAAGGUGUCUACCUUCAUUGGUAAUUGAGCUUUCCAUGCAAACAUGCAUGUUACAGAAAGAAAUGGCAGCAGGGAUGGUUAGGGUUGCACUCGAAUGCGAAAAGCGACAGGACAAAGAUAAGACAUUGUUGAUUGAAGAACCCGUAUGGACAAUGUAUUGUAACGGAAAGAAAACAGGUUAUGGUGUGAAAAGAGAAGCGACAGUGGAGGAUUUACAUGUUAUGGAGAUUCUUAAAGCGGUUACAAUGGGUGCUGGUGUUGUUCCAAUGAACAAUGAAGCUGAUAAUGUUGAUGGAGAAUUGGCUUAUAUGAGAGCUUCUUUUGAACAUGUAGUUGGUUCUAAGGAUUCAGAGACUCUUUAUAUGUUGAGUCCUGACGGAAAUAAUAAUGGGCCUGAACUUACUAUAUUUUUUGUGAGGAUUUAAGAAUCAUUAAUCCUUUGUUAAAUGUAGAAUGGUAUUGUAUACUGAUAAUAAGGUUCAGUUCAUAUAUAUUUCUUCAGAAGUUUGAGGAUGGAUGCAUGCUGACUGGUCAGUUAAUUAGAAUUCAAAACUAGGGUAGUAAAAUUUGGGAUAGCACUUGGGUGACAUGUAUGAUGGUUCAUAAAUUGAUGUUAUAUUUAAAUAAAUAUGACUCAUUUUUAUCUUGUUUUGCUUGAACAUUGUUGCCUAGAUACAAUUUCAUUUUUU